AUAGAUGUCAUAAACAAUACUAACAUAUGAUAUAAAUUUAAAUUCAUGAAAAGAAGUACUCAAACACAUGACAAGCCAUUAAUGGUAAAGAAAUCAACCAAAAUGUCCAACUCGUGGACCAAUUGCUUAUUUCAUGCUAUCAAAGACCCGAAUUUGAUUGUCUUAAAGGAUCAAUUGAUUACAAUCAUAAAAGACAAAUAUCCUAAGUCUCGCCAUCACUUUAUGGUGAUUCCCAAUGAAGACAUUGGUAUCAAUUCAAUUGAAGAUUUAUCCAAAUGUCACGUCCAACUAAUUGAUUAUAUGACAGAUAAAGGCAACCAAUUAUCACAUAAAUUGAACACAAAUAUUGCGUUUCGUUUUGGUUUUCAUAGGAUUCCCAGUUUAAAACCAUUACAUCUUCAUGUUAUUAGUCAAGACUUUGACUCAAAGUAUCUAAAGACGAAAAAACACUACAAUUCGUUUACCACUAACUUCUUCAUUGAUUCUAAAACUGUCAUCGACAAUCUCAACCAAUUUGAUAAAGUUGAAGCAUUGACUGAUGAGGAAUGUAAUCAUCUAUUAAAACAAGAGAUAGUUUGCCAUUUUUGUAGACUAAAGAUUGCAAAUAUUCCUCAAUUGAAAACACAUUUAGUUAAACAUUUUCUCAAAAGCUAAGGACUUGUCUGAAAUCGAAAUUAUCUUUAUAUAACUUACCGGUAAUCAAAGUUUUACAUUAAAUAAUGUAAAUAAAAACAUUUUGUUAUUUUUAUAAAAACAA